CAAAAUUUAAAAGUUAAUUGAAUGUAAAUAAACUAUAACUGUAAUAAAGAAUCAUGGAGUCAUUUCUAUCCACGUCGAAAGCAGUUCUGGUACUAUUUCCGUUUUGUUUUAAAUAUUUUAUUGUAUCAAAGUUAUUCAAUUAUAAAAAAAUCCGCAUCGUUUUGGGUAAUGGAACUUGCGAUUUAGAUUCCGCCAUAUCGACAUUAAUUCAAGCUUUUUCUGAAUAUUUGGAUGGAAUAAAAAAUAAUGAAAAAGAUUUGGCAGUUAUUCCAUUGAUGAACAUACCUGAAAAAGAAUAUCGAUUAAAAACGGAAGUCGUAUUUUUUAUGAAAUGUCAUAACAUAUCCUCUAACUUGCUAAUAUUUCGGGAUCAAAUAGAUUUGAAAACUUUAAAAGAAAAUAUGAAAAUCAAAUUGGAAAUCGUGCUUGUCGAUCAUCAUAAUCUUCCAAAAGAAGAUAUGUAUCUAAUGGAAUCUAUAAUUAAAAUAAUCGAUCACAGACCACAAGAUAAACGAUGGCCAUGGACAGGCAGGAAAGUGUAUUUGGAAAAUGUAGGUAGCUGUGCAACCUUAGUGGCGCGAAAUUUAUUUGAUAAACAUCCAGAAGUUAUAGAUUCACAGAUAUCAAGUCUUUUGAGAGGUCCUAUCUUGAUCGAUACAUAUAAUUUAUCGAAAAAAGUGAAUCGUGCUACUUCUAUGGAUAUUGAAAUUAUAGAAGCUCUCGAAAAAAUUGGAUCAUUAGAUCUAGAUAGGAAUAAAGUAUUUAACGAGAUCUUCAUUGCAAAAUCUGAUAUUAGUGAAUUAACUGUUGAUGAUCUUUUGAUCAGAGAUUUAAAAGAAACUUCUGGAGUGCCAAUUACCGUAUUGCCUAUAUUGGUGAAGGAUUUUCUGGAUUUACAAGGAAGUUUAAAAAGUCUUGAAAAUUUUGUUCUAUCUAAAAAUACCACGAUCGUUAUUGUAAUGGGAUUGGAUCUUACUUCAGAAAAAGUAUUUCGAGAUAUUGCUGUUUUUUCUUUGGCUGCUGAUCAAUUGAAAAAAAAGGUUAGCAUUUUAAAAUAUUUUCAUUCAUUUUGUUUUAUUCGAUCAAUUUGUAAUUAUCGAUUAAUUUCAAUAUUAUCAGAUAAUAGAAGCUCUAUUGUCUGCACAACCAUCUCUUGAGUUGAUAUUGAUUAAGGAAAUUAAUAACAAAGAUGAAAAUUUUAACUUGGUUCUUUAUGAGCAGAAAAAUGUACAGAUUACGCGAAAACAAAUUUUACCGAUCAUUCAAAACACUAUUUCGUCUGAGUGUCGGUGUUAAAAAAAA